AUGGCGGAGGCUGCAGCACCUCCAGCUUCAACAACUACUCUCUCCACCAUUGCUGUCAAAGCAGGAGAUACAUCGACAGUAGUUGUAGCUCUUCUGAAGGCCCAGGAUCAUUAUGAGAUUAGGAUAGAUGAAAUGAAUCCUCGUCUUCUUACAAUCGGAGGAGGAGUAGAAGAAACGAGCGAACUUCUGAGAGUUCAUGAGGAAUUAAUAAAACGAUUAAGGGAGAAAGAAGAUAAAGUUCAAGCUUUGCUUGCUCGAGCAGAUGCCCUCGGAUCAGAGAAAGAGAAUCCUAAUGAGGCUAUCGUCUACGAUGCGAUGGCUCUGAACCUACAUCAAGCUUGGAAAGAACUGAACAAGCAGUUGAUGCUAAGAGGAUACUUAUUAAAUGAAACUCUCAAAUUCUACAGAAUGGCUAGACAUCAUGAACAGCUGACAAUGUCGGUUUCGGACGUUUUACGUCGUGCUGCAGCCGAUAAUGAUUCAAAUGAUAUUGUUAAACGAAUUGAACAAAUCGCUGAUGAAAUAAUUGAUACAACAGCGUCAGCAGUAGACUUAGGUUCAUCAGUUAUAGCUCAAAUUAGAGCUUUAGGACAAAUCGACGAUAAUGAGGGUAGAGCCCAAGAAAUUUUAGCUGCAUGUGUUUGCAUAGAAAAUGUUAUGCUCAGAAUUGCAACAGAAUGGGAAAGAGUUGAACAGACUUGGGCUGCCGAAAAAGAAAAGCUCGGGCUGAACACUUUAGAUAUUGAAGGAACUCUAGUACAGAUUGAAGAAUGGCUUAAGCUUGCGGAAAAGAAAAUAAAAGCUUUGAAUGAAGGCGGACAGAAACGGUUGUUAGAAGAGGGAAACAGUCAUGUAGCUAAGCUUCAUGAGAUUGCUUCGACAGGGGUCGCCGAUGGAACAAGAGUUUCUCAUUUGAGAGGUCGCAUCGAAGAGUUCCUGCAUUACUUGAAAACUCGAAUGAACCGUUCACAUCGUAUCCAAGCAUUCUUCCAAGCUUCACAAUCAAUGUUAUCACAACUCUCAAUGAUGGAAGCGGACCUGUUGAAAGCGAAUGCUGCAAUGGCGGGUGAAUUGGUACCAUUAGCAAAGCAAAAAGCAUCUUCUGUUAUUCAUGAAGGAAAGGAGAUCUUAGCAAGAGAAGUGUUAAGUUAUGAUGAACAACGAAUUGUAAAGCAACGAUGCGGUGAAAUGGAAGCAAAGCUGUUAAAUCUAGAAAACAUCGCUAAACAAAGCAAAGAAGUGAAAGAAACAAUAUCUAAAGAGGUUGAGCAAUUAAAAACGUGGAUGUUCACAAAGGCUGAGCCUUUCCUUGCUCAAAAUGCGGAUAUGGGCUCAAGCUUGAACGACGCAAGAGAGUUUGUAUCUAAACACAAAGAGUUCGCAUCCGAAGUUGUGAAUCAAGAUGCGAACGUACUCGCAGCCCUCUCCAAGAAGAGUGAUUUGGGUCAGUCUUCCAAAGAAGCUCUUCAGGAGUUUGAACAACAAUAUGAAAAGCUGAAAGACAUUUUAGAGAACCGUAUUCAAAUUGGUAGCCAGUUUGAACAAGUACACAAGUUUGCUAAAGAUUUGGAAUCAAGUUUCGAUGCUCUAACUUCACUUCUUGACACCAACCGAGAUUUCACGAAUGAAAAAGUUGCUGGACAAAUGACCAAUGUUUUCCAAAUGAUCCAGGAAACACUUGGACAGGAAAAAACUCAAGGAGAGAAAUUUGUUGUAGCGGCUGAACAAACUGGUCGGAAUGAUGAGCAAUUAACAGUGCAGCGAGCUUCUGAAUCUGUUCGUAACAUCAUAACAGAUCAUGAACAUCGGUUUACUUAUGUUACCAGUAAAUGGCUCGAAUGGCAACAAGCCAAGAGCGAGUUGAAACGUCUUGAGAAAAUUGUAGAAGAAGUGGAAAUGUGGCAAGAAGACGCUAUUGAGGUCAUAAAAGUCCUACAACAGCCGGCGGGAUCUGUUUCAACCCAGGAAGCUGAAGCUUAUGCCACAAGGUUUGAAAAAAUAAGACAGAGCGUUGAUGUUCAAAACCAAAAGAUCCAUGAAGCAAUGCGAUAUACACAUAAUGAGCAAUUCGUCAAGCGUGUUUCUGAAGUUUCUGAGAGGCAACAACAAAUCGAAGGAAUGCUUUUCGAGAUUAAAAAGAUGGAAGUCCAACAGUUAGUGCGAAUCAUUGAAGAAGUAGAAAUGUGGCAAGAUGAUGCAGUAGAAGUUCUGAGAAAACAUCAUCAAACUCAUCAGAACCAACGCCAAGCUCUUGAAGUUCGUUUGAAAGAGGUGAAACAAUCAGCUCCUGCUCAAAUGCAUAGCUUACAAAGAGUCAGAAAUCAGAACACAGAUGAAAUGAUCAACCGACGCUUAGAUGUAAUGACUGAAAGACAAAAGCAAAUCCAAGGAAUGAUUGAAGAUAUUGAAUUGAUUGAAUUGCAAGAACUGCGUAAAACUAUUGAAGAAGUUGAAAUGUGGCAAGAAGAUGCCUUGGAAAUCAUCCGUUCUGCUAGUCAACAAACUGUGCAAAACAGAGAAAUAGUCAAAGAGAAACUUGAUCGCGUAGUAGUACAACUGCCUCAGCAAGCAGAGAAGGUUUCUUAUCUCAAAAGACACACUGAUAAGGCUGAAGUGGCUGAAAAAAUUUACAAGGUUGCCAGGAAUCACGAUCAAAUCAAGCUCACUGUGGAUGAUGCUCGUAAAGCUAUUGAUAAGAAAUUUGUUAAAAUUGUGGAAGAAAUCGAGAUGUGGCAAGAAGAAGUCAUCGAGAUUAUUCGUACACUCCUGAACACAACUGUGCAGUCAAGACGAGAAAAUGAAAUGAUCCAAGAACGGUUGAAUGAAAUCAAAAGAAAACUACCUGACAAUGUUGAUAAAAUAAACGAAAUAAAAACAACUACUACAACUGAAGAAGCUGGAAGAGUUCAGAGAGCUCUACAAAAACAAGAAGAGAUCACGAAAGCUAUUGAUCAACUAGAGAGAAAGAUUCAAACUGUAGAUGAAGAUUUCUUACAACAAGAAGCCCGCCUACGCGUGAAGGCUCCGGAAAUUAUAACUAAUCUCAUCGAUUCCCAGGUGGAUGAGGGAUCUCGCUAUGAAUUUACAGCGCGUAUCUCGGGCGAACCAGAGCCUACAAUAAGUUGGUUGAAAGACGGCAUUGAUGUCAAAAACACUAUGGAUUACCGCCAGGACUAUGUUAAUGGAAUCGCUACAUUGACUAUUGAGGAGACAUUCAUAGAAGAUACUGCCACAUAUACGGUCAGAGCCUCCAAUGCAGGUGGAACUGUAGAGUCGAAUGGUCGCCUCAUUGUUAAAUCACGAUCAGCUCUCGAUUCAAUUUUCGAGGAAGAAAAGCCCCAUGUUGUCAAACAACUACGCAACACAGUGAUUAAUGAAGGUGAAACAGCUCACAUGGAUUGUGUGAUUGUCGGCCAUCCUGAGCCAGAAGUUGUUUGGUACAAAGAAGAGAAAACGUUAACAGAAAAUGAAAGAACUCGGCUUGAUUUUGCGGGUGAUCACUGUUCCGUAACUAUUCAGAGCUCAAUUCCCUCUGACUCCGGCUUAUACACAGCUAAAGCUAAGAAUAUCCACGGAGAAACAACUAGCUUCUGUCAGCUUAAAGUUGCUCCUAAAAAACAACCUCCACCUACACCGCCAAAACCUACUUCCCGGCCAAGUUCAGUUAUGGCAAGACCUCCUUCGAUCCAACCCGCUCUGACAAAUUCGACGUGGUCUGAAGGGCAGACUGCCUCUUUACAAGUUUUGAUACAAGGAGAGCCACGUCCGGCUGUCCAGUGGUUGUUUAACGAUCAGCCCAUCCAGCAAACCUCACAAGUUCAUAUUGAAGAAAAAUCUGAUGGUUGGUCUCGUUUGAUCAUCAGUCCUGUACAAGCUCAUCAUGCUGGAUUAUAUACAGUCGUUGCUGAUAAUGAAGCUGGUGAAGCAAGAACUGGAGCUUCCCUCCAUGUUUCUCAGUCUAUCACUACUGAACACAUGUACCAACAGGAUAUGUAUGAGAAAAUCAACAUGGAGCCAGUGGCAACAACAGUUCAGACAAGAAAUGCUUCGAGUCUUGAGGUGAAUGAUAGAAGUUAUCAUGAGCAUGUCAAUCAUGAGCUUUCUCCUAUACCUAACGAAAAGCGCUGGGUUGAGAUCAUUGAAGAAGAGAUGCGUCAAGCUUCUCAGGUUGUCUCUCCAGUCCCUCAAGUGGAAGAAAAUAGAAAACGAGUUAUUACCGAGCAGCGUUGGGUUGAUGAAAUUGAUGAAGUACUGCAAAUACCCAAAAAUCAAGCAGUUACUACUAAGGUUCAUACCGAGUACGGGCAUAAGAUCAAUGAAGCUCCACAGCCUGAAAUUAGACAUUCGACUACAACACCUUCAAACAAAAUGUUCAACGUGGCUACCAUACGGCAAUCCCCUCAGCCAGAAAUUCACAAGGCUACAACAUCAAGUACAACGACUGAACAUGUGGCGACUAUCAGACAAGGUGUUCACCCUGAAAGCUAUCAGGCUACCAUUAAACCAGCCACGUCGAUUGAAAAUAUCGCAGUAACACAUCAGAAUCCUCAGAAAGAAGUAUUCAGGGCUACCACUACUCCAACGAGCGCAUUGGAGAACGUUGCGCAAGUUCAUGCUCCCAUUACAGUUCAGAAACAAGACAUUAUGAAAGAAGGUCCACGAAUAAACAGAGUUGACGACGUUGUCUUACAAGCUCCAGAACCAUCUGCUCCUCAUACUUCAGUACAUGUCACAGAACAGAGCUACAUAACUAGAUCAAAUCAACAAGCUCCUCAGCCAGCUGUCAGAACAACUACUACAACAACAAUCUCAGAACAAAACGUUGCGAAGAGGAGCUUGGAUAGGACGGACAGCCAGGAUGUUAUCACACAGAUUCAAAGAACUUCAGAAGAAAUCGACAAUACGAAACGUACGAUAAAUCAGAUUCCUGAAUCUCCUAGACCUCAGAGAAAGUUCCCACAACCACUUACUACUGUGAAAACCAGUGGAGAAGGUUGGGUGCAAGAAGUCCAUGAUGAGGCAGGAAAGCCAAUCGUUAAGACAGUCAGAACUUAUAUUGAUGAAGAGUCGGAAAACGUAAGCGGAAAGAAAAUGAUGAUGGUACCAGGUUCUGAGAAAACUAUCACGAUUGUUAGAACAGCUGAAGACGAGGCAAGAAGUCAGCAAAAGUCUCAAAUUCCAAAACUCCAUCCUCAAACAACGACAACAGUCAGUCAUUCCGGAGAAGGCUGGGUUCAAGAAGUGUAUGACCAGGCUGGAAAGCCAACAGUGAAAACUGUAAGAAGAUAUACUGAUGAAGAAUCAGAUAAUAUCUCUGGCAAGAAAAUCAUGUCUGUGCCAGCCUCUGAGAAAACAAUAACGAUCGUUAGGCAAAACGAAAACGAAGAAAGUAGACUUGCCCAAAAGUCUCAAAUUCCUAAAGCGCAACCUCAAACUUCGACGACUGUAACAGAGUCUGGAGAAGGUUGGGUUCAGGAAGUACACGACGAAGCUGGAAAACCUCGCUCCACGACCGUACGGGUAUACAGAGAUGAUGAGAGCCAGGAUGUCCAAAUGCGUCAACAUUCGAAAAUCCCUGUCAGACGAGAACCACAAACGACAACCACCACAUCCGGAGAAGGAUGGGUUCAAGAAACUCAUCAACAAUUCAACAAACCUUCAUCUACUACCACUCGAACUUAUAACGACGUCACGACAGCAGAUAGAAAACAAAAAAAUAUACAAAUUCAGCAUGUGGAAUCUGAUUAUCAUCGUGUUGCCGAUGAUGCAACAUCGGAAAUAUCUAAGGGCCACAGAGAUAGUUAUAUUCUGGCUUCCGAUGCCGAAGGCUUUUGGACAGAUGGAGCCUACACCGGAUCACCCACUCCCCCUCCUAUGUCCAGGUUCACCACACAGCAAGAUUUUAAACAGGACAUCGGAACUUCACAAGUUUCCUCGGAGCCUGAAUUUGUGAGACCCUUCCAGAAAGAUUACACAGUUGAAGAAGGUGGUUCAAUAACUAUUGAAUGCAUGCUCGUUGGAAAUCCUAAACCUAAAGUUACUGUUUACUUCAACAAUCAAACUGUACGAACUAACGAGUUCCUCGAGAUCACUUCCUCUUCUGACACCUACGUGAUUUCAAUAAAGAAUGCUCGUUUAGAUCAAGCAGGUUAUUACAAGAUAGUGGCUGAGAAUAAGAAGGGAUUCACAGAAACUUUGACAGUUUUACAUGUACGGCCAAGAAGCUUACCGAAACCUGUUGUUACACAUAAAGUUUCAAAGCCUUCAGAACACACAACAGUGACUGAGGAGUUUGCUAUGUUUGAAUAUGAGCAACGUCGACCAACAAAACACGAAAUGCAGAAAAUAUCUGAAAAAACACCACCCCCAGCUAAGAAGCUCCAACAAGUUCACAAACGCGACGAAGAACAUCUGGAACAAUAUGAUAUUGAUGAACGCAAAGUCGCUGGACAUCCUCCACAUUUCACUCAAACAUUAGUUUCGACAGUAGCAAGUGACGGAGAGGGAGCUCGUUUUGAAGGCGUAGUGACAGGUUGGCCAGCUCCAAGUAUUCAAUGGACUAAGGAUGGCGCCCCACUCUCUACUGAGUCUCUACCCGGAAUUAGUAUAAGUAACAUUGGAGGAAGAUUGUCUCUGGUUUUCGAUAAGUGUACAUCGGUUCAUUCUGGAAAAUAUAUGUGUACUGCCACAAACGUCAGUGGAGUUGCAACAAGCAGUGCUCAGCUAGUUGUUCGACCGAAGACUAUUGCUCCCGAUUUCAUUCAAAGGUUAAUAAGUGAAGAAGUUGUGGAAGGUCAGCAACUUAAAUGGACUGUUCGAGUGACCGGUGACCCCAAGCCUAAGAUAAUUUGGAUGAGGGAUGGAGUCGAAAUUCCAAAUUGUGAUGAAGUUCGAUUAGUUGAUGAAGGUAAUGGCUUCCAUUCUUUGGUCAUCGUUAGAGCUGAAGUAGCCGAUAGCGGACAAUUCACCUGCCUGGCUGAAAAUUUCGUCGGAGAAGCCCGCAGCACAGCAGAUUUAGUUGUACGACCUGCAGGAGCACCUCCAGGGAAUUAUUUCCACGUCACCAAAGUAACUCAAGAACGACAGGUUAAAGGAGAAGAACCAGUAAGGAACAGCUCUUUCACAAUAGAAAAUCCUCGUCCGAGUGCUAUGCUCUAA